AUGUAUCAACCUCUCAAUCGCAGUCAGCGUGAGAUUCGCAUUCUUUACCUCUUACCUGGCGAGUAUGACGAUCCUGUCCGCUGCGAGUUACAUGCCGUAUCUCUAAGUGAUAAGCCAGGCUACGAGGCUCUUUCGUAUUCCUGGGGCAAUCAAAAUGUCCGCCAUCCUAUUGAGGUAGAUGGAGAAGAAACAUACAUCACUACCAAUCUGUACAAUGUCCUUCGAAGAUUGCGCCUGGCUGAGACAACGCGGCAUAUUUGGGCUGACGCGCUGUGUAUCAAUCAGUCCGAUGACGUUGAAAGGUCACAUCAAGUCGACUUGAUGAGGGAUAUUUAUUCGUUAACGAGUCAAGCAAUCUUAUGGCUUGGUGACUUUUCUGAUGCAGAAUCAGGGAUAGGGCUUGCGAUAUCUCCUAGCGAUGGGAAUUACAUCUACCACAAAACUGCUGAAGAAGCGUUUUCUUUACUACAGUCAAUGGCCGCUAGCCAUCAUUGGGCUAGCAGGGAACCGUCAAAGCAGGCUGCGGUAAAGAUGAAGUUCGAUGCAUUGUCUGUUCUGCUCAACCUCUCUUGGUGGCAACGUGCCUGGACAGUACAAGAAGCAGUACUGCCGCAAGAAGCGGUUUUAUACUGCGGAACCAUACACCUCCCGUUAUCAGAAGUCGCUCUGGCACACCUUACCUCCCUGACCCACGACCGAGAUGGGUGUUGCGUGGCAGAUUCUCAGUGUCAUGAUGUUCUUUACAAGUUUUGGGACUGCAUGGAGGGUUUCCGGAUGUUGCAAGAGGAACCUGAUAAGAAUAUACUAGUCAGGAUGGCGUUGGAGAUGUUCAGAUUUCGCCACGCGACGGAUCCGAGGGACUAUGUGUACGCCUAUCUGGGCUUGGGCGCCAAUAUGUUUGCUGACUACACUGUUUCGGCCGAGGUAGCGUUCAAGUAUUUUGUGCGCUCAAUGAUUGAGGAGUCGAAGGAUCUUGGAGUUCUUAUUAGGAUUCAGGAGUAUGAUCGAUCACUUGCAUUGCCCACAUGGUGCCCUGACUAUGGGAGGAAGUUCCCUUCAGGGACAUAUGAGAAUCUUGACCAGGAAUAUGGAUGGCUUCACAUGUACAACUGGUACCAUGCUGGGGGAACGAGCCAACCGAGAACCAGGCUUUCAGCCAUCGACUCGCGGCUCGACCUGCAGGGUAUAGUCUUGGAUGAGAUUAUACAAGUUGAAGGUCCUAUGUAUAAUAGGGAUAACAAGGGCGAGAAGGUUUCUGAAUGGCAACGGCGAGACCCUCGUGGGUGUCAACUGGGGACAAUUGAAGAAGUCGGAUGGUGCACGAUGGCGCGCGAUUUAUGGGUAGUCUUGUCCGAUCAACCCCGGGAUUAUAGCAGACUUCGAACCAGAGACGGGUUCGAGACUAUGAUUGACGAGGUGUGGGAGCCAAAACUACAAUCUCAGUUUGCUGUGAUCCAGUAUCAGACCUUUACUACUAGGACAGGUCUGGUCGGUCACACGAGGUUGGAUGUACGGGCUGGGGAUGCUGUAUGUGUUUUAUUAGGAGGGAACAUGCCAUUUGUCCUGCGGCCGGUUCAUGAACAUGGGGCUUAUACUUACAUUGGACAAGCGUUUGUUCACGGAAUCAUGGAUGGAGAGGCACUUCAACAGGGCCGGAGGAUUGAGUGGAUUACUCUUAUAUAA